AUGACAGCGACCGCUGGCUCCGCUCCAGAAAGAGAACAAGCGUGUAGUAGCUCUGCAGAAGACUCAGACGCACAAGAUGUCUCAUCCAAUCCUGGUGAUGAGCAGAGGAGAUCACUGCCCUUUAUGAAGAGAGAAAAAUAUCUUUCGUUUUUUGAAGAAGAAACGUUUCUUAUGAAUUUUAAGGCUUAUACUUACGAGAUUCUUGUAGGUACUAUGAAUUUGUCUAGCACUCGUCGUUGCGUGCACCAGAAAAGGUCCUUCUGGGUCAGGGAGAGACAGCGAGAUGAACGCUUGUGAUGGUUCAUCUCUUUUCUUAUAAUGAAGAUCGCCCGGAACACCUUACCUCAUGCGUAGAAAAGGAGCAUAAGCCCAAAAAAAUAUAUGCGCGAACUUAUAACUUAUAAAUAUUUGUUUCUAACGAUACAACCCCCGGUUCUGCCUUUCUGAGCGAUGGGAGCGGCAUUGGAGGAAGCGGCAUUCGGGCAAGGACGUUAUCCGAGUCCAGCAGGGAGUGUAUAGUGUCAGAACGGAGCGACAUUCGCGAGUACCCGCUGAGUCCUAAGUUAAGGCUUCUCCUAGUCCAUCUCCGGAAGCAUCUUGGAGACGUUCUCAAGGGGAAAAUGGAUUCAGGAUGCGCCUCAGGAUGGAUAAGGGUGAGCUCCAACUAAGGACGACGAACAAAGUGAAACCAGUGAGGCAAUGACGCGAAGUAUUGAGGUCAGCUGUUAUCCAUCUUUCUCGGCAUCUUGGUGUCCUUAUGUUCCCUCGUAUUCGACUGACGCGUCUCCACCUAAUGAUAUAACCUCCCCGAAUAGAAUCUAACGACGUAAUUAUAGAAUGUUUCUAAAAGUAGAUUUUCAUCUUCGUUUCUCAAUUUUUAGAAACACUUCGCUUCUCAACAUUAUUGAACCUUUUAUCCUGUAGCAAUGACGCCCUUCGCUACAUGGCGUAAAAGGACGCUUGUAUCAUGACACGGACGUGGAAUCAAUAGUCUCUGAUACUCAAUUUCAACUACCUAGUCUCUUAAAGAACGGAAGCCGCUGGUUCUCCUAUUGGAAAAAUUUUUGUCGUUGCUUGUGAUGUUCUAAGGGCGAAGAGAUUUUUUUCAGUUUUUCGAUUUCGAACUAAAGAUUUCAGGUUUCUGCAGUUGGUGUCGUGGAAGAGCUAAAGGCUAUAUAAUUAGCUGUGCAGUGUCGCAAUAGUCAGCUUUCAGGUUGAUUGUUCCCGAGUUCGUAGAAAAAGGAACUUUUUUCACGACCACACCCAAAGAAACAAGGAAUGAAGGAGAUACACACACACACACACAAAGGAUGAAGCGAGAUACGAAUUAUACCGGUCCUUCAGUCUUCAACCUCAUGCGUUGCUACUUGUAGUUGUUAUAGUUUGUUGCCUCAUCCACCCACAAAGGGGCUGGGUAUAUUGCCGCUGGGAGGAUGAUUUCCAGGAGGUCUAGUACCGCCGUGGCGAUUUUUUUUGUGGAUACUUUUCCUCAUGACAUUUAACGACAACAUUUUCAUUUUCAUGAGUGUACUUAUUGCUCUCGGCUGCCGAUGCAAGUAUCGCUCUUGGCAAUUCCAUCGCAGAUGGGGAGAAUAAGGCCCCCCAGAACAGUAGUUUAUUGUCAUUGUUUAAAAAUCAUAGCAUGACGCAGAGGAAGCAUACUUAGUCUUAUCGAAAAAACACAUACCCCACGAAGACAAGGCGCUCAUAGAUAUCGAGGAUCUCAAGCGUCAGAUGUCUCGGCUUUUGUUGUGAUCACUAUCUUCAGCCUCAGUUUGUUCCUACCAAGAUUUUCGGUUCCGCGAUACUUCAAGCACUUUUCCCUCCUGUAGAAGUUCGAGUUACCUCGAAGGGAGGCAGGCUUAUACUACCUCAACAACAUCAUAGCCACACCCCCAUUGUCAUUACAUCACAACCAUAAGGUGGUCAAUAAGGGUGUUCAUAUAGGACAGUGUUUACCUGCGACAGUGUUUACGGCGACCCCCAUGCUUUGAUUGUGAAUAAGGAGAAGCAUCAUCAAGGGGAACAACUUUUACAUCAACGGGAACAACUUUUAAUUACUAUGUGUAUAACGAAAAGCAAUACCUUCAAACAAGGUCGCCCACAUAUUCUCAGC